AUGACCGACUGUGAUGUGACGGUCAAUGCAAAACUGCCGUACUUGAACGACAGCAGGAAUCAUACCUACCUCUUGUUCGAUCCUACACACCAGCAGCUGAACAUCAGCUUGACGUGUAAGUCCUUCGUCAACAUGCCCACCCAGCUGUGGCUCCAGACACUGAGAUAUUCAGACUAUUGGAAUGCAAGCACCAUGGGAGACACAGUGAUCGACAGCAGUCCGAUCGGCAUAUCGGUUUUCGACGCCUCACUUCCUUUCAAUGUAACAGACUUGUUGAGCAAUUGCGGCAACCCUUCGCCAUAUUACAGCUUCUGGCAAACCAUCAGUACCAAAACACGAAUCUUCCUUAGCGCAGGUAUCACGGCCAUGGACAACAAAGUCGACAUGGUGCCCAAACAAGACAAUUUGCCGAGCUCAGAAGCCUGCUCCGCGGGACUCGCAGCGAAGUCUUCGUAUGACUAUUUCACACCUGUGCUGCAGACCUUUGAUUCGGGACAGCAGUGUGAUUCUAGUGCUGCUACCAAGGACGAUCGCGGCUAUCUAGUUCUGACCUGUUGGCUCAAUCUUUAUGUGUCGCUGCAGUCGACCCUGGCUACGACGCAGACGACGAGUCGUGGGACUAGUACGUUGAAGAUUUUGAUCGAUGAGGGUAGUAUUGUUGGUGGUAUAAUGUUCUUCACUUGGUUCUUGACGAUCUUCUUGUAA